AUGGAGAAGAUGGCUGACCUGCUUGAAGCACAUUCAUUACAAGACAAUGCAUGGUCUUUCAUGGCAACUCGACGUAUCCCAUGUGUUGGCCAUGUCAUCAAUCUUGCAGUACAAGAGAUAAUCAAGAAUGGGUUUUCUUCAGAGGCACCAGAAGAUAUUAUGGAUGUGGAUAAUGAUCUCUGUGAUACCACUACCCUUGCCAAGCUGAGAAAAGGCAUAUUGAAGAUCAGAACAUCACCACAACGAUCAGCCACUUUUGAACGCAAACGUAUCGCAAUGGAAUGCCCUUCUCUCAAGUUAACACUGGAUGUUCGCAGGCGUUGGAAUUCCACCUAUGAGAUGCUUAAUCGUGCACUCAAACUCAAAGAAGCAUACAUGGCUAUGACAGCAAAUGGUGACCUUAAGGAUUUUGCAUUGGAAGGUGAUGAAUGGGAUCGCGUGGAGCAUAUGUGCAAGCUCCUGGAACCUUUUGAUCAUGCCACAAGGAUGCUAUCAGCAAGCACGUCUCAUACCACGGUCAACAUGACGAUCCUUAGCUACAAUCGGUUAAUUGAUAAACUCGAGGACUUUGAUGAUACCGUCGAGAACCCCACAUGUCCACAAGAUCUACGAGAUGCUGCAAAGGCUGGACGUGAAAAAUUGCUGCCAUAUUAUGGAAGGACCGAUGACACAGAAGAAAAAAGCAUAAAGGACAAGGCCGAGAAAUCCGUUUGCGAUACGUGGAGCAAGUUUUCAGGCAUGGUGCCUGUUGCACCUGAGAUCAGUGAACAAAGCCAAGCCUUGCAUGAAUUAUUUCUAUUGGAGCCAACCAAUGACGAAUUGAAGGAAUAUGUUGCUGAACGAUCAUUGCCACCAAUGGUGACCAAGGAUAAACCUCAAGAGCUACUAUUUUGGGAAUCAGCAGCUACGCGUUGGCCAAGUUCGUCUCGUAUGGCUGCACGUUAUCUUGCAAUCCCAGCUACAUCAACCCCAUCAAAACGUUGUUUCUCAGCAACUAGAUUAAUGCUUCCUCACACACGCAAUAGGCUUGCUCCAGACACUAUUAAGCAGCUGAUGCUGUUAGGAUCAUGGCAAUCUUUCUUUGAUGGUAUAAAUGAACGCGAACACGAUGAGUAG